UGCAGGGAGGAGGCAAUCGUCGGAGUUUGGAGGUUAUGUAUAUAUAAACAUCAGUGACCGUCUGUCCGUCUCUUGUCCAUCAGAUCAUCAUGCUUCGUCCGUUGCAUUGUCUACUUCUAGCUUCUGCUGUGCUCCUCUGCAACUCCGCCCCGACGGACAAACAUGGGGGUUCCGAUAUAAAUUGUCCCCUAACGGUGAAAAUCCUUGACGCGGUUAAAGGAACUCCAGCCGGAUUUGUGCCACUCAAGGUGAAUCGGAAGGCCGCUGACGGAGGCUGGACAGCAAUCGCUAGUGGAGUAACAGAUGCCACCGGAGAGAUCCACAAUCUGAUCACAGAGGAGCAGUUCUCACCGGGGGUGUAUCGUGUAGAGUUUGACACUAAGGCUUACUGGAAGAGUCAAGGCAGCAAACCAUUCCAUGAACUAGCCGAGGUGGAGUUAAAGGCCCACGCUGAAGGUCACCGUCACUACACACUGGCUCUGCUCCUCAGUCCAUACUCUUUUACCACCACCGCGGUGGUCACUGACAUCCACCAGUGACAUUGAUCUACACUGACAUCUAAUGGUGAAUCCACUGAAUGUCCUACUGAAGUAUCUCUGUGUCUCAAUUCAAGCCUGUUUUUCUGUUUUUCCAAAAGAUAAUAAAACACAUUAAAGAAA